AUGAAGACUGAAAUCGUCGAAACCAAGACACUGCCUUCACUCAAGUUUUGGAGUGAGGCUUCGGAAAGUUCGUUUGUCGCAUUUUACGAUGGUAUCGUAUCCAACGCCGUAAUAUUCUUACCAGGAGUUGUGAACCUGAAGUCAACCAGGGCAUGGAAUCAGGAAGAACUGGAAAGUCUCCAUGUCACAUUCAACCAAAGGAGCGCUGCCAGGACAACUGCAAUCAUGCCAGGUAUUGUACAACACCUGAAGCCUCAGCCGUUACGACAUGUGCAGCUGCAAGGAUUCAAGAAUAUGGAAAGUCUAUGCAGUCUAUGCAACGAAGAGUUCCUGUCCAUGGCACGUACACUGGUUCUUGAUUAUACUGACUUUCUGGAGGACCAAGUCUCAAGCCUUCUGAACCUGGCUCUACUCAAGCGUGAACACAGUCUAUCUGCAGCCUACAACCAAGCGAUGGUUGUCACAACGGGCCCAAGUGAUGUCGAAUCUCUGGUAUGCAAUCCCCCAAACUCACAGUAUCUCGCUGGACACAAGAAAGGACUCACCUUUGUAUCAUUUUAUGAUGGGACCGCAAACACGGCUGUUAUAUUCUUACCAGGAGCUGUAGAGCAGAUAAACGGCGUCGCGAUUUACGAAGAAAGGGCUGCCUCUGCACGUACACUAAUGCCAGUUAAUGCACAACUUAAGCCUCAGCCAUUACAACUGGUCGGAUUCAAAAGUAUGGAAAGUGCAUCUAUGACAUACAGCGAAGAGUUUCUGUCCACGGUACGUACAGUGGUGCUUGCAUAUAGAGACUUUCUGGAGGACCAACUCUCAAGCCUUCUGAACCUGGUCAUUCUCAAAGGGGAACAAAGUUUGUCUACAGCCUACAACCAAGCAAUGUUAGCCACAAUGGACCCACGUGAGGUCAAGUCUCUGAUGAGCUCGUCCUCAAACCCACGGUAUCUGGCUGGACCCAACAAGGGACUCCCCUUCGUUGCAUUUUACGAUGGGACCGCAAACACGGCUGUUAUAUUCUUACCAGGAACUGUUCAGCAGAUAAACGGCUUGACCACAAGCGCAAGAAAGAAGGUAGGACUAUUUGUAGGACAAGCAUGUGCCCUGACCACAAGCAAUGGAAUUCAGACAGGACUCUUGAGACGCUCGUAUGUUGCUCUCUCCGAAAUAAGGGCCGCCACUGCACGUGCACUAAUGCCAGUUAAUGUUCAACACCUGAAGCCUAAGCCAUUACGACACGUGCAACUGGUAGGAUCCAAGAAUUUGGAAAGUCCAUAUAACGAAGAGUUCCUGUCCAUGGCACGUAAACUUUUGUUUGAUUAUAAAGACUUUCUGGAGGACCAACUCUCAAGCCUUCUGAACCUGGCUCAUCUCAAGCGUGAACACAAUCUGUCUGUAGCCUACAACCAAGCAAUGUUAGCCACAAUGGUCCCAAGUGAGGUCGAAUCUCUGGUACGCCCUCCCUCAAACCCACGGUAUCUGGCGAGACUCCCCUUCAUCGCAUAUUACGAAGGAAUCGUAGCUACGGCAGUGGUGUUCUUGCCAGGUCAUGUGACAAUCCCGGCGUCCCGGCCAUCUACUCCACAAAAGUCAACUCGAAUGGAGACCCGAUCAAGCCAAGAUAUAGUACAUAAUGAUGGGAUCUUGGCCACAGCACAUAUUUUUCUAACAUUCCUCCAGAAAAAGAGACAAUCGGAAGUUGAGACCACAAACCCAAGACCGCUAUUUCGACCCCAGUGGAGUCGGGUUGAAAAAUGUCGUCUGCUCGAAGACAAACUGGACGGACUUCCGCUGAGGUACAAACCCCGUACCACCAAAUACAUCAGCUUCGAGGAGAAAGAAAUUGACACCCGGCAGCGUAUCCUCAACACUAUCCCCUCCCUGAAGACUUUCUUCCCUGGGAGCUGCCUGGCCCGGAGUCCACUCACACCCUGCUACUCUCUUGAGGAAACCUACCCCGACAUGGCCUCUGCCACCUUGAAGGACCUGGUCACUCAACACAUGAAGUACUUCAGGGCAAGUCCCAGCAGGGCUCCAAGUCGACAGGCAGGUCGAACUCAAAUCCAGAUCAUGGAAGACCUGUACUGGGAAAAGCUGAGGAGGAUGGGAACACCGGAGACAGCAGACGAGAUGUUUAGUAGACGACAGAAGGAGAUGUGCUUCACUAGGAAUCUCUGGUAUGGGUCUGUCAUCAAGAGGACCAAACUCAAUUCCGAUCACAAGGGCAAGUCAAUGUUGAACACCAAAACUGCCAAGCUGAACGACACAGCCUGUCUUAACACAAAUAACAACGGUUACACCAAAGAAGAAGGUGACUGUGAUCGUGACACUACCGACUCUUCUGUCUUCGGGUCGAAGUCGGACCAGGGGUUCUCCAGAGGUCAGGAUAUUGCCAGGAAGAAACCAAGGCACAGCUACCUGAACAAACGCCACUCUGAUGGCUAUAGAUCGUAA